UCUACUGUGAUCGAACAUUUGAACUUAUCCGGAUCCGUUAGUUGUAUCCUAAACCAAAGCAAUGUGGACGCAACUUCAUCUCCCAAACUUCUCAUCACCAAAACCACAAACAUGUACAUGGCUCGAAAAGCUCAAAGGCCAUUUCCUUCCGUUAACAUCUUCAUCAUCGUCCUCUCCUUCUUCUCUUUCACCCUCAGUCCUUUUUCACCUCAAGUUGUCUCUGCUUCAGCUUUCAAGAGGCUUCAACUCUUCUCAACCGAAGAAGCUCAGCCUAGCUCAACCUCCUCCGUCUUGUCACUCUCCCUACAUCCUCAUUCCUCCAUCAUAAAGCUGCCAUACGACAACUACUCUGACCUGGUACUCUCCCGACUCGCGAGUGACCGAGCCCGAGCCAAGCUCAUCAACUCCAACAUCGAACGAGCUGUCUCCACCUUCAACCGCCGUCAUGCUGUUAAACCGGAUGUACAAGUCCAGCCGGAGGACCUCAAAACUCCACUGACUCAUUCUGAGGGAGGGUACUUAGCUCGGAUCGGAGUGGGCCGACCCGUGAAAGAAUUCCACCUGAUAGCAGAUACGGGUAGCCAAAUCACCUGGCUCCAAUGCCUGCCCUGCGAUCCAUGCUACGAACAAUCCGACCCGAUCUUUGACCCAUCCGGGUCUUCAUCUUUUAGUUCUUUAUCCUGUGCAUCGCAGGAGUGUACCUCCCUGGGAAAAAACCAAAAUUGCAAAGCUGACCCGUGUACGUAUAAAGCGUCGUACGGAGAUAACUUCAGUAGCAUGGGCGAAUUCGCCACCGAAACGGUAUCGUUUGGAAGUUCGGGCUCGGUUGACAAAGUAGCCAUCGGGUGCGGGCAUACGAACCAGGGCGGGUUUGGCGGGGCAGCUGGGAUACUUGGUCUUGGGGGCACUCCUGUAGGCUUCCCUUCUCAAAUUACAGCGACGUCGUUCUCCUACUGCCUUGUGGAUAUGGACUCGAACUCGUUCUCGAGUCUUGAGUUUAACUCUGCUCCACCUGGUGACUCAGUCGUCGUUCCCUUGAUAAUUAACCCAAGAAUUGAGGCUUAUUACUACGUGGAACUCACGGGGGUCACUAUUAAUGGAGAAAAAGUAUCCAUCCCGGCAUCAGAUUACCAAAUAGGCGAAGAUGGACGCGGGGGAAUCUUAGUUGACUCGGGCACCACGAUAACUGAGUUCCCAACUCAGGUUUAUUACUCUGUCCGCGAUACGUUUGUUAAGUACGCUCGAGCCUUGCCUCCCGCGAGCGGGUUCGACUAUGGUCCAGUUAAACUUGACACUUGCUAUGAUCUAUCAUCUGAACCCACAGAUGGCUAUCCAACGAUGUCGUUUGAAUUCUAUGGGGGCAAAACGCUGUCGCUGAGGCCUGCAAAUUAUUUGAUUCGUGUUGAUGCCAGUGGCAAGCACUGUUUGGCUUUCACCGGCAGUUCGGAACGGGUGUCUUCGGAACGGGUGUCAAUAAUUGGGAACAUACAGCAGCAAGGGAUGCGGGUCACUUACGACCUUACCAAUAAGGUGAUUGGUUUUAGUCCGAAUCAAUACAAGCAAAGUUAACGACUGAGCUUUCUCUAGAGGUUCAGUGGAGAAGUAGAUGAAAUGGAAACUGAAGAAAAUAAAUCAAGACCGGAGUAGUCUGAUUGGUUGCCUAGUACUGGUGGGCCAAAUGCGCAACUGUUUUGAUGUUGCCUUGUGUUGACCGCUUAGUCGCCCCAAUGCCUAAUGGCGCACUAUGCACGUCAAAUGUGAAGGAGAACCUCUAGAGAUCCAAGUUAGUCCAUGCAUGAAGGUGCUCCCUCCAAGUUAGUCCAUGCA